AAAUAUCCUGCUCAAAUAUGUGUAGAGUAUUUCCACCACAAGAUAUGAUAUAUAGAGCCUUGCCCUUUACCUGCAGAGGUCUCUGGGUAGAUAAUGGACCUGGAAAGAAGGGAAGGGUAUAGACAGAUCGUAUCGACAGGAUGCUCGGUCAUAUCUAUUCUCUUGCGUCUAGCAUUCUGUUGCUGACGCUUGUUUGCCCAGUAUAUUCAGCAAAUGGAUUUGUUGGUUAUUGGAUAUCCAUGUACAAACCUCCGUGUGCACAUGCCUGCCGCUCAUCCAUCACAAACCCGUUGAACUGCUCGACGAGCCCAGAUGAUGGUUUGCACGUUACAUGGAACGUCGAGAAGUCUCCUGGGCCAGAAUGUUAUGCGACGAACGAUGCCUUCUUGCAGACCCUAGCGUAUUGCCUAUACUCUCACUGUCAGAUGAUACCUAACUCUACACUGCAAAGAUACUGGGAGAUGAACGUUGCUGGCAGUGAAAAGGACCAGCCACUGCCCAAACAGGCUUACCAACAGGCACUGAACAGUAUCGGUUCCAGGCCUAAUACCACGGCCAAUGCAUCCACGGUGUUGGAGUCAGCGUCACUUGUGUCUGAGGAACUGUACGAUCUCAAUUGGCGCACAUUGGCGGUCUUUGAGAAAGCAGAAGCAACACAUGAGAAAUAUGGACUGGUCCUUCUCUUGACUGGAGCAAUUAUACCCAUCGGGCUCUCAUUUGCACGCUUUAUUCCCCUUCCCACCAGACUGAAGACGAGUUUCCAGGCAUACGUGAUCGCCCCUCCGCUCAUUGGCCACCGACACACAGUUCCCUUAUUCAACACGUUCAACAUGCCCACGAGAGGACAAGCGCUGUUUAUCGCCUAUCUAAUAAUAAUCAACGUGGUUUUAUGUGCGGUAGGCUUCAGCUCAGCUGACCCCAGUGCGUGGUACUCUUCCAACCGUCGCGAGAUCGUCACAUACGUUAGUAACCGCGCUGGGAUCCUAAGCUUUGCAAACAUCCCACUACUGGUUCUCUAUUCCAGUCGCAACAAUAUCUUGCUCUGGGUAACUAACUGGUCCCACUCAACCUUCUUGCUACUCCACCGCUGGAUUGCUGUGAUUUGCGUUAUCGAAGCAUGCCUCCACUCUGCCAUUUACUUGCAAAUAUACAGCGCACAAGGCGAGCACUCCAGCGAAAGCAAGCUCGCAUACUGGUACUGGGGUGUUGUCGCCACGCUGGCGAUGGUCCUCAUCGUCCCAGCGUCAAUGCUGCAAGUACGCAAACGUUUUUAUGAGUUCUUCCUUGCCUGGCACGUGGUAUUCUUCCUGUUAGCGAUGGUCGGGUGUUGCCUACAUAUUUUCUACCGAUAUAGCUUUCAAUGGGGAUAUGAGAACUGGAUAUACAUGGCGUUGGCGAUCUGGGGCUAUGAGCGGGGGAUGCGCAUUCUGCGGUUUGCUAGAAAUGGGAUCCGCUCUGCUCACGUUUCCAUCGUGGAUGAUGACUAUAUUAAGCUCGAGAUUCCAGGAGUUGCGGCCGAGGGUGAUGUGUAUCUUUACUUCCCGACCUUGACGUGGCGAAUCUGGGAGAAUCACCCCUUCUCAGUGAUGACAGAUGUCUGCUUCUCGCUUGGUGCAGAUCGAUUCGAUCGAUUAAAUCCUGUGGUUUUCCAGGAUAGUCGUAUGGAUAUCCCUCGCAUUCUACGGGAGGAAGUCUCGAGGUGUGCGGGAACGGAGGUCGCUGUGAUUGUCAGUGGUCCACCAAGGAUGGCGGACGAGGCUUGGAUGUGCUGGGGCAUAUGGUAA